UGGAGUCCUAAAGAGCAUUUCAGAUCUUCCUAGUGAGGAUUCUCGUUUGCAUUUUCGUUCUGCGGAGAAUACAGAUUGCUAAACUUCCUCCAAAUCAUUCUCAGUGAUCUUGUGUAUGCAAGUAAAAUAAACUACAGCGUUUAUCAGUUCAUCUGAUGUGUUUAGGUGGGAGUUAACUGGAGGAGGAAACUGACGUGUUCGGCUGUCGCAGAAAACGAAGCUGCUCUACACCUGUUCGCCAGUGCGAGACAGUCGAGUCGUGUUUGCUUCCUCGGCCAAAUGUAGCUUUAUAGAGAAAAACUGAGGUUUUUUGUCCGUCUUCAGGGGAUCUGCUGUUUUCCAAAAAAGGAAAACACUCCGCGGUCUGAGGAAAUUAAAAGCCGGAUAAUAAGCAGAACUCGAAGCAGCUUCGGCCCUUUUCCCGUGGUACCCGUUGUCCCCUGGAAGUUCCAUGCUGAGCGGCACAAAUCAUGGAUGUUUGAUGCUUGUCAAGUAUUUUGCGGAGCAACAAAUCAAGCAAAAGUUUGUUGGGCUAAGAUGGUGCAGACCAUGGAGACAAUCAACGUGUCCCUCCUGACUGACUCGGAGCGGGAGCUGAUCUUGAAUGUGUUGCACAGGGAUGAGGAGCUGAGACGACUGGAGGAGCAGCGGGUGAAGAGGCUGAAGACAGAGUUGUUGGAGAUCAGAAGGAAGGGAGCAAAGCGCAGCAGUGGGAAUUACAGUGAGCGCAGCUGCGGGCGCUGCCAGGAGCCCCUGGGUCGUUUAGGUUCCCGCACCAACCAGUGCCCAGCAUGCAAACACCAGGUGUGCCAAAACUGUCGCUCCGUCCGACCAAACAGAUCCUGGGUGUGCAGCGUGUGUGCCAAGGAGGCAGACCUAAAGAAGAGUACAGGCGACUGGUUCUAUGACCAGAGGGUUAACCGCUUUUCCACAACUCCAGGACACGACAUAGUGCGAGCCUCCCUCAGGAAGAGGCCUCCGAUGAAGAAGCGUGAAACUGUGGGAGAGGUGCUGCUGAACAGUACAGAGUUAAACUCCAGCCAGACUUUACCUGUACCUAGACCCAGACUGAAGGACCUUGCACAGACCAACAGGGUCCCUUCCAAUGAGCAACUGCAGCGCAGUGACACAGACUCAGAGAGAACCAGUCUCAGCAGCAGCCGUGCAGACACACAUUCCUUGCACAGUACACCGUCACUGCAGAGGAAAGGAGAGGUGGUGAAUAAGUCCAGUCCAGCAGGCUCUGCUGUCAGUGUGACUGCUUCUGCACCUUCUAAAACCCACAGUCCUUCUGGAUCUACCUCUGGCACUGAGACUUCUUCUUUAAUUCAUCACAUUAACCCCUGCUCAGAGAACUUCAAUGAUGUUGAUGGGCUUUUCAAGAAGAGUGUCAGACGAGUGCACAAAUUAUCAGAUUUCAAGCCAAGCUCUGUAACGGACGUGCGUAAAGACAGCACUGAUGUCACCACAUCCUCUAUGGGAGACAGAAGCAAGUCAGUCCCAGGGCUCAACGUAGAUGAAGAGGAGGAGGAGGAAGACAUUGACAGUUUGGUCAGCAUGCACAGAAAGACUGUGGGUAGAAGUACCACCAGCCUUCGGAGCUCUAGGAGCACUUUGGGCAGUAUGACGAGUGUGUACAGUGAGGGAGGAGAUUAUGACACUGUGGAUGUGACGGGAGAAAUCGUCUUCUCCCUCCACUAUGAUGAAGCAGCUCAGAGCCUGUCAGUUAUGGUCAAAGAGUGCUGUGGGCUGGCUUAUGCAGACGCUGCCAAAAAGAAAUGCAACCCAUAUGUCAAGAGCUACCUUCUCCCAGACAAGUCCCGUCAGAGCAAGAAGAAAACUGCUAUCAAAAGUAAGACUGUCAACCCCAACUACAACGAGACUUUGAAGUACUCCAUCACUCGCUCCCAGCUGAUGACUCGUAUCCUCCAGCUGUCGGUCUGGCACUAUGACCGUUUUGGCCGCAACGCGUUUCUUGGGGAGGUGGAAGUGCCACUGGACUGCCAUGACAUUGACUCUGCUCACGAAGAGUGUGUGGCCCUCAAGGGAAAGGCAACCAACUCUUUGGCACCAUCUGCUUUUGCCCAGUACAAAGGAGAACUGGUGAUUUCCUUAAAGUACAUCUCGGAGAAAAAGACACCUGCAGAAAAGUCUCGAGGAAAAAAGGCCAAAAUAGACAAUGGUGGAGAGCUGCAUGUGUUAAUAAAGGAGGCCAAGAAUCUUUCUGCAAUGAAAGCAGGGGGCACUUCCGAUUCUUUCGUAAAAGGAUACCUGCUGCCAUCCAAGGGAAAGUCGAACAAGAAGAAGACGCAGGUGGUGAAGAAAACGGUGAACCCUCAUUAUGACCACACAUUUGUUUACAAAGAGCUGAGUCUGGAGCAGCUGAAGGGCAUGUGUCUGGAGCUCACUGUCUGGGACCGAGAGGCCAUGUCCAGCAAUGACUUUUUGGGGGGAGUCCGUCUGAGCUCAGGGGCAGUCCGGCUGAAGGAAAAUAAGCAUGAGUGGGUGGCCGACUCUACAGAAGAGGAAGUGUCUCUGUGGCAGAAGAUGAUGCAGUUCCCAGACUCAUGGGCAGAGGGCACUCUCCAACUGCGUUCCUCCAUGGGCAAGGGCAUGUAAGGACACCCUCCAAAAUCUGAUGUCAAACCUAACAAAACCUAACAUAGGAGCGGGACAAAUUAAACCUUUUAAUUUAAUGAAAACAUUUAGAUUUGCCAUAUUAAAAAGUAUAAACACUAAAGAUGACCCCAAGCGUGUAAUGGUACAGUUUUAACAUACAUUUUGGUUGUACAUUCACAAAAUGUAUUUUUAUUUUUAAGAAAGUACAAACUCACAAGCCAAUUUAACCAGUGAACUGAGUGGGUUUUUUUUAUAGCAUGGCUGCAACUGAGUAUUUAUUUUGUCACCUUUUUUAUGUAAAUAACACAAUUAAUUCCUGCUUAAUUUGGGUCCAGACAACUUCAUUUUUAUUUUAUUGCAGUCAUGCCUUAUAACUGCACCACAGUUAUAUAACACCAAAAUUUGUAUGCUGAAAUGCUAAUUAUUUGCCUUGUAAUGACGCAAUCCCAGUGAACACUCUGGGCACCCUUUAAACACCUAUAUACAAAGCACUUAAUAAAUAUUAAAUUACA